ACUAGGCUGCCCCCUUCCUGUCCUGUCCUAGAAACAUAGGUCCUAAGAGUCCAUGUGGAGCUUGGAAAUAGGCAGAUUUGAAGAAGUUAAGUGUCCACUGCAAGCAAGAACUUUGCCAUCUCUUUUCUGAUCUGAAGACGGGGCUGGGGGGAAAUCAUGGAUAUCAUAGAGACAGCGAAACUUGAUGAACACAUGGAAAAUCAGACUGCUGAUCACACAAGACCCGAGGAACCUGCUGAGGAGGAAAACAAAAAUGGCUCUGGGAAAGCGAAGGGCUUACCCAAUGGGCUACGAAAAGGCACCAAAAAGUACCCAGACUACAUCCAGAUUGCUAUGCCAACUGACUCAAGGAACAAAUUCCCCUUGGAGUGGUGGAAGACGGGCAUUGCUUUUGUGUAUGCUCUGUUCAACCUCGUCUUGACCACGGUCAUGAUCACAGUUGUACAUGAGAGGGUCCCCCCGAAGGAACUCAGCCCUCCACUCCCAGACAAGUUUUUUGAUUACAUUGAUCGUGUGAAAUGGGCAUUUUCUGUAUCAGAAAUCAAUGGGAUUAUCUUAGUUGUAUUAUGGAUCACCCAGUGGCUGUUUCUAAGAUACAAGUCAAUUGUGGGACGCAGAUUCUUUUUUAUCAUUGGGACUUUAUAUCUGUAUCGUUGCAUCACCAUGUAUGUGACCACAUUGCCAGUGCCUGGGAACCACUUCCAGUGUGCACCCAAGCUCAAUGGAGACUCCCAGGCAAAAGUGCAGCGGGUCUUGCGCUUGAUUUCUGGAGGAGGCCUGUCCAUCACCGGCUCACACAUCCUGUGUGGAGACUUCCUGUUCAGCGGACACACGGUUGUGCUCACCCUGACGUACCUGUUCAUCAAAGAAUACUCCCCCCGUCACUUCUGGUGGUACCAUCUCGUGUGCUGGCUGCUGAGCGCCGCAGGCAUUGUCUGCAUCCUGGUGGCUCACGAGCACUACACCGUGGACGUCGUCAUCGCCUACUACAUUACCACAAGGCUCUUCUGGUGGUACCACUCCAUGGCCAAUGAGAAGAACUUGAAGGUCUCAUCACAGACCAACUUUUUGUCUCGAGCCUGGUGGUUCCCCAUCUUUUACUUUUUUGAGAAAAACGUCCAAGGCGCUAUUCCUUGCUGCUUCUCCUGGCCGCUCUCCUGGCCUCCUGGCUGCUUCAAAUCGUCCUGCAAAAAAUAUUCCCGGGUGCAGAAGAUGGGUGAAGAUAACGAGAAAUCUACCUGAGGAGUGAAACAAAGCAUCAGCUCUUUAGACCAAAAGAAUCAGCACUGUUACCAAAGACAUAGUUUUUUAAAUUCACAGAUAACUGAUGGAAAAUGAAGAAGUGGACCAAAUUUUAUAUCAGUGAUUGGGAGGAUGAAGUAUUAUCCUUCGAUAUCCUUUGACUGGUGGUUGGUGUUGUUUAAUUAAAAUUCAUCCUGAGCAAGAUCCUCUGGAAGCUUUUCAUUCCUGAGACAAGCCUCAAAUGGGGAUUUUAGCUGACGAGCUUGUCACUGAGACGCCAAAGAACCAGGAUCCUUCCCCUAGUCCCCUCGGAGCUCACUCUCCUCCAGAGUCGUUCUUUUUUUUAUUUUCGUCCAAGGCCAGAAGAAAUUGCAAUGUUUUAAAUAAAAUACCUGGAUAUAUAUGUAUAUAUACAGCUACCAUGUAAAUAGGAUACCCUGUUGCUUUGUGAAGUUUAGCUUCAGGCCUGUUGGCUAGGAUGAAACCCAAGAGAUGCUGAGGAGACAGCCCAAGAGAUACUGAGGUGCAGUCGGUUACUACCCUGUUUGGGGGAAGCCUGGGCCCCAAAUACACGUUGCUGCUACCGCCCAGUGCACUAGGCAUUUCUCAGUUUUUGUCUUAACUGAUAAUGUUUUCCUACAAGAGGAAGGUGAUCUCCACCACCCAGGACAUGUUUGGCACCCCACAGACUGUCCCUGCAUGCAGGGCUUUCACUGGUACCUCAGGAAGUUGACUGCAGCAAGGCAGUGCUUUGCUGGCCCUUGGGGGGCUGCCCAGCAGGUCCACUUCUGGCCCUAUGGCUGGGGACUUGCCGUGCCCACAU